GCUGAUUGAUAGAAGUCUUACAGUGGCUUCAGGACACAGCUCUGAUUUUUGAACCUUUAGGAAAUGCAUUUACCAAGGAGGAGGCGGCUACAACGGAACCGAAUCUUUUUCUUGCUUGCCAUAGUGUUGGUCCUCUCUCUCUACCAGCUCCAGUUCAGCCCCUCUGCUAUUCCAGCACCAUACUUAGCACCCCAACCCACAGACCCUGUCAAAGUGACCUCUAGAGACAUCUCCAGCAAUAAGACUGCCGUAACGGGCAAUGUCACAGCAGCACCCAAAAUAAGGCACUGUAUAUAUGUGGAUUCUGAGCCAACUGUGCCCAUCACUACAUCAGUGGGUACAACACCACAGCAAGACAAUGGCAGCGAAAACUACCCAGAUGAAAAGCCACCAUACGAGUCCAAAGGAGAAUAUCCCCAGGACCUGUUCAGUGUGGAAGAACGCAGACAAGGGUGGGUUGUACUUCACAUCUUUGGCAUGAUGUAUGUAUUUGUGGCCUUGGCCAUAGUGUGUGAUGAGUAUUUUGUCCCUGCUUUGGGAGUGAUCACAGAGAAGUUGCAGAUCUCUGAAGAUGUGGCUGGAGCCACCUUCAUGGCAGCAGGUGGAUCAGCACCAGAACUCUUCACCUCCCUCAUUGGUGUCUUCAUCUCACACAGCAAUGUCGGCAUUGGUACCAUUGUGGGCUCAGCAGUGUUUAAUAUCCUCUUUGUCAUUGGCACCUGUGCCCUCUUCUCAAGGGAGAUACUCCACCUGACAUGGUGGCCCUUAUUUAGAGACAUCUCAUUCUACAUUGUAGACUUAAUGAUGCUCAUCCUGUUUUUCUUAGACAGUGUCAUUGAUUGGUGGGAAAGCCUCCUUUUAUUGACUGCCUAUGCCACAUAUGUAUUCACUAUGAAAUACAACGUGCACCUAGAACAAUGGGUGAAGCAGGAGCUGAGCAAGAAGCUAAAUGCUGUGCAGGCAGCAACAGCAGAGCAUAUACGGAAGAAAAGCACUGGGGCAGUUGCAGAUGAUGGAGCAGAGAAGCCAGCAGAUGGGAGAAGGCUGCAGCCUGGAUCAGCCUUACAGCGAGGCAGCAGCUCAGCCUCCCUGCACAACACUCAAAUGCGCAGCACCAUCUUCCAACUCAUGAUCCACACCCUGGACCCCCUGACAGACGCAAAAUUUAAAGACAGGGUUGACAUCCUGAGCAAUAUAGCCAAGGCCAAAGUAGGAGAAGGAUCAAAACCAGAAGCAGAAGAGGAAAAGGCAGCACCAAGCAAUGUUCAGGUAACUCCCGCCAGUGACUCUGAAGCCGGCAAAGAGAAACAGAAAGCAGAUGCACCGCAAGAUGCCCAGCCCUCCUCAGAAAGCGACACCUCAGAAGAAAGCAGCUCUGACAGCGAUGAAGACAGCUCAGAUGAUGAUGAAAACGAGGAGCCAUUAUCUCUGGAAUGGCCAGAAACUAGGAAAAAACAAGCCAUUUACCUUUUCCUCUUUCCCAUUGUCUUUCCUCUCUGGAGCACUCUGCCCGACGUUAGAAACCCAGACUCCAAAAAAUUCUUUGUCAUCACGUUUUUUGGAUCCAUCCUCUGGAUUGCUGUAUUCUCUUACCUCAUGGUGUGGUGGGCUCACCAGGUUGGAGAAACAAUUGGGAUAUCAGAGGAAAUUAUGGGGUUAACCAUACUGGCAGCAGGAACAUCCAUCCCCGACCUUAUCACCAGUGUCAUCGUUGCUCGGAAAGGUUUAGGUGACAUGGCUGUCUCCAGUUCUGUAGGCAGCAAUAUCUUUGAUAUCACUGUUGGUUUGCCAGUUCCUUGGUUCCUUUACUCUAUCUUCAAUGGACUCAAUCCAGUUGCAGUCAGUAGCAAUGGUUUGUUUUGUGCAAUUGUUCUCCUUUUUCUCAUGCUCCUCUUUGUGAUCAUCUCAAUCGCUGCAUGUAAAUGGAAAAUGAACAAACUGCUGGGGCUCACCAUGUUUGCUCUUUACUUUGUGUUUUUGAUCAUCAGUGUGAUGUUAGAAGACAAGAUAAUAUCCUGCCCAGUAUCUGUGUGACAUUUGGAUGCUGCAGAAUGUCUGUAAGCACACCUCAAAAUCAGAAGGGGUUUAAGGUAGCAACUGUUCUACUGAAAAAAAGCAACAAGAAUUAUAACAAACUUACUGAAAAUAAAGUAUCUUUAAUAUAAUAAAAAAGUCCCAAAACCCUCAAGUGAUAUAUCAGCCUCUACUAUUUUUCCUUAGGA